CCGUUCCGGUGCCGCCGCCGGAAGAGGCGGGGCCCUGUCCGGGCGCUUUGCGCGUGCGCGAUACACUCGGUCGGCUUGCCGUCUGGGAGCUCUUCCCUGGGUGCACGUGGAGCGGGCCUGGCUGGAAGCGAUCGGUGUACACUAGUCCAGCGGAGGCUUCAGUACCAUGGGGCGUAAGUUGGACCCUACGAAGAAGGAGAAGCGUGGGCCCGGUCGAAAGGCCCGAAAACAGAAGGGUGCAGAGACCGAACUGGUCAAAUUCUUGCCUGCAGCUACUGAUGAGAAUUCCAAGAGGCUGUCCAGCCGUGCUCGGAAGAGGGCAGCCAAGAGGAGGUCUGGGUCUGUUGAAGUCCCUAAGCCAAAUAAGUCUCCAGGGAUCAAAACAUUGCCUGGAGAAUUAGCAAAAGGAGCAGUCCAGGCUCGAGGGAAGAAGCGCCCAGCACCAGCUCCUAACAGUGAGGGGGAUGAGGAGGAAGACUCUGAGGAAGAUGUUGUGGCAAACCAGGGGGACCUUUGGGGCUCCGAGGACAGUGAUGCUGACAUGGUGGAUGACUAUGGAGCUGACUCAGACUCGGAGGAUGAGGAGGAAAAGUUGUUGCCCAUUGAAAGAGCUGCUCUGAAGCAGAAGGCCCGGGAAGCUGCUGCUGCUGGGGGCCAGUGGAGUGAAGAGGAGACUGAUGAAGAGGAAGAUGAAGAUGAUCCCCCUGCGUCCUCUCCUGCAAAGGAUGACAAAGCAGAGGGGGGUUUGCAGAUUAAUGUGGAAGAUGAGGAGGCCUUUGUGCUGCCCCCUGCUGGGGAGAUGGAGCAGGAUGUCCAGGCUCCAGACCUGCAGCGAGUCCACAAGCGGAUCCAGGAUAUAGUGGGGGUACUUCGGAAUUUUGGGGCUCAGCGGGAAGAAGGACGGUCUCGUUCUGAGUAUCUGAAUAGACUUCAGAAGGAUCUGGCCACUUACUAUUCUUAUGGAGACUUCCUGCUGGGCAAGCUCAUGGAGAUCUUCCCUCUGUCUGAGUUGAUCGAGUUCUUAGAAGCUAAUGAGGUACCCCGGCCAAUCACCCUUCGGACCAACACCUUGAAAACCCGUCGCAGAGACCUUGCUCAGGCUCUAAUCAAUCGUGGAGUCAAUCUGGAUCCCUUGGGAAAGUGGUCCAAGUCUGGACUGGUGGUGUAUGAUUCUUCCGUGCCUAUUGGCGCUACUCCUGAGUAUCUGGCUGGCCACUAUAUGCUUCAGGGAGCCUCAAGCAUGUUACCCGUCAUGGCCCUGGCACCUCAGGAGCACGAGCGGAUCUUAGACAUGUGUUGUGCUCCUGGAGGGAAGACCAGCUACAUAGCUCAGCUGAUGAAGAACACAGGAGUGAUCCUCGCCAACGAUGCCAAUGCUGAGCGCCUCAAGAGUGUCGUGGGCAACCUGCAUCGAUUGGGCGUCACCAACACUAUUAUCAGCCACUAUGAUGGGCGCCAGUUCCCCAAGGUGGUGGGGGGCUUUGACCGAGUGUUACUGGAUGCUCCUUGCAGUGGGACAGGGGUCAUCUCCAAGGACCCUGCUGUGAAGACCAACAAGGAUGAGAAGGAUGUCCUGCGCUGUGCCCAUCUUCAGAAGGAACUGCUGCUCAGUGCCAUUGACUCCGUCAACGCUGCCUCCAAGACCGGGGGCUACCUGGUCUACUGUACCUGUUCCAUUACGGUGGAAGAGAAUGAGUGGGUGGUAGACUAUGCCUUGAAAAAGAGGAAUGUGCGGCUGGUGCCUACAGGCCUAGACUUUGGCCAGGAGGGCUUUACCCGCUUCCGAGAAAGGCGCUUUCACCCCUCUCUGCGCUCCACCCGGCGCUUCUAUCCUCACACUCACAACAUGGAUGGCUUCUUCAUCGCCAAGUUCAAGAAGUUUUCUAAUUCUGUUCCCCAACCGCACACAGGAAAUGCCGCAGCAGCCAUCCCUUCGGAGCCUGGGCUGAGGGAUCAGGUCACCCCCAUGUCUGAGAGCAGCGAUCAGUCCACCAAGGGAGCUGGUGGGGCAAAGGCAAGACAGCAGCAUUCCAGAAAGCCCUUCCAGAAGGUGAAUGGUGUCGCCAAAGGGCCAGGGUCAGAAUCCACUGCACCGUCUGUCCCAAAGGCCCAAGUAUCUGCCAGGCCCCAGGAGAGCAGUCAGCCUGAUGGAAAAGCUGGGGUGAUCAGGAAACCAAAAGUGGCUGGGAAGCUAAAGCAAAGGGGACCCAAAUCAAAGUCCUCCAAGGAAGCUGCUCUCCCAGAGCAGAGAGCCCCUCCCAAGGGCGCGCACUCGGAAACACCUGCCGUGCCGUCACCCGAUGACAUCUGCACUGCUCCAGGGCUUAAGGACUGUGGUCAGUCCCUGGGGAAAACCAAGAAGAUUGAAAAAGCAAAGCUGAAGCUACCAGAGCAGCCUGCCAAGAGCGCUGCUUCCCUAAAGGAGGAUGGUGCCCCCAAGGGACCCUCAGUCCCCACUGGCUCACCCCAUAGUUCCACCAGACCCCCACCAGCAAAAAGGAGAAAAUCGGUGACAAAGGGCAGCAGCCAACCACUGUUGUCUUAGAUGGACUUGGAAACAGACUGUGCUGACUCACCCACGUUGUCUCUGGGUUGGAAUUCUGCAAUGAUGGUCUCCCCACUGUGCAUACUUAAGAGAUUUAAUAUACAUAUUUUCACUCCUA